UGUUGUCCGUCUGGCCGUAUCGUAACGUCGUGAUUUUGUUCGCCAUUACACGUGUGCUUACAUAUUUGAACUGUCACCAUAAUGGUUGGAAGUUUUUAUUUUUUUAUCGUUUAACUGAGUCUUUUCUAAACUGUAUUUUUAAAUUUUUUUAUUCGUUUGGGAACGAGGACUUCUCGCCAUGGAGGACUCGGGUUCCGCCGUUAUGAACACCACCCCGAACAAUUGUGGCCCCUACACGGCCAUACAAGUGCAGCAACAACAGCAGGAGGCGCAAAGUUUUCGGAAACAGUCAAAGAAAAUCGGUAGAAAACUUUCGCGUCGGUUAUCUUUAAUUACCAAAGUGCCUAAUAUAUUCAACGUUAAAUUUAAUGGAAACGAUACCACAGACGGAAAUCGUACGACCACUCAGGUUACCAACGACAACGUGACCAUAGAUACGAUCCGUUCUCACGAGAUUACGGUUAUUGCUCCAGACAAAACUCAAAGAAUACUUAUAGGAAACAGUGAUCUCCCUUUAAAACAACUGCUAUCUGGUAUGGUCUUUGAAUUUAGCUUAGAACAACCAGGAUACUAUUUAGGUGGUUCGUUUGCUGAAAUUAGUCCAAAUGCACUCAUUGGUGAUGUAGAUGAAGACAUUGUCAUUGUAAAAGAAGAUAAAUUUAGAACUGAUCCUACACACGAAAAUAGUCUAACAUAUUGUUUAACUGAAAAAUUCGUUCACGGGGAAUCAGCAUACGUGACAUGUUUAAAGUCAGGAAUAGAGUUGUAUGGAGAACCAUUAAGAAAAAUGAAUAUUUUGUCAUCUAAAGCGUAUGACAUUUUGUUUGGUAAACUUUCUGAAAUCAUAGAGAAAUGUAGUCAAGUUAUCGAUCAAAUGAAAUCCACCAUGGAGCAGUGGGAUCCAGAAGUAUCACAAAUAGGCAGCUUAUUCAGUAACAGUUUCUGGGAUCGUUACAAUGAAUAUCAGGAUGUUCACCGACACGCUAAAGAAUUAAUACGAGAAAAGACUUCGCUGGACGAAGAUUUCGUUGCUUUUUGCGUUCAAAGAAAGAGGGCUGCGAAAAAUUCUUUACGUGACAUCCUAGACUUACCGGUGCAGAGGCUUGCCCAAUACGAAACGUAUUUCCAGAGUUUGCUGGACGAAACCAGACCAGAACAUGGAAGAGGUGCCGAGUACCAUGACCUUUGUAUGGCCAGCAGUGCUGUCAAACAAACUAUAAAACGCAUUCACGAACAAAGUGAUUUGGAACGAAUUCAGGAUGUGUUCCCCAACGACUUCCUCAGGCUUUAUGAUAAAGAAGCACUAACAAUGAAAAUGAAAGGAUUAAUUAGGAAGAGGGGUGGAACUGGGACGGCCGCUCUAAGGAGGGCCUUGUCUUCCAAAUCUCUUCGGUCGGAGUCACCUCCUAGCACUCCCAACAAAGUCAGGAGUGACAGUCCGAGGAAAUUCAUUAUGGAGUCCCCCGUUCAGUUCAUAAAUGGUGUCAAUUGCCAGGAGCGUCACUUGUUCUUGUUCAACGACCUGCUGCUGGUGGCCAAAGCAAAGUCCGGUGGUAAUUUUAAACUCAAGGACAAAGUGAGGGUGUCGGAAAUUUGGCUGAACGACACGCCGGCCGUCGUGGACGAGGUGGCGGAACUGCCGAGGUCUUCGGAUACGUCUUUCGUCAUCGGAUGGCCUACCACCAACUACGUGGCCGUGUUUAGUACUCAAGCCACGAGGAACUUGUGGUGGUCGAAAUUGGUCGAAGAAUCGCAAGAAGAAAUUCGAAAGGAACCCCCGACCACCAACAUCCAAGUGUUCUAUCAAGACCUUAAUUCCGGAAUAGAAUAUUGUAAAACGUUUUCAAUCGGUCCGGACGAGAGUGCCAAGGAUUGUAUAAAAAUAGCGUUGGACCAUUUGGAAAUGCGGGACACGGACCCUGGACAAUUUCAGCUAUUGGCCAAAACUCCUAGGGAGGAACCGCCUUAUCCGCUAUAUGGUCACGAGAAACCGUAUUCCGUCAAACUGAGCUGUCUGAGAGACGGGCUAAGUGCGGAAGAGGGUUUCGACUUGGACCAUUGUAACAACAUACAUGACCCGCUGGCUAGGUGUCAUUUUAUUUUGAGAAAUCUAAAAGCUCAUGAAAAUGAAAUCAACAAAAAAACACCAAAAAAGUCUUCUGGCCGUAUAAAAAUUGGUCAAGUCUUUAAGAAAACAAGCAGUAAAGAAAAUGGAGGAAACUUGUUUGGUGUUCCUCUUAAUAAAAUUUGCGAUGGCGACAAUCUUCCAAAACCUGUCAUGGCAAUGUUACAACAAAUUUUUUCUAAAGGACCAUUUACUCAAGGAAUAUUUAGAAAAUCUGCAAAUGCUAGGCUUGUACGUGAAUUGCGAGAGAAAAUGGAUAGUUGUGAUGAUGUAUGUUUGGAAAAUAUUCCAGUGCUUGUCACAGCAGCUCUAUUUAAAGAUAUGCUACGCUCUUUGCCUAAUCCUUUAUUGUGUACAAACCUCUUCCCAAAAUGGAGAUCUGCAUUAGAUUGUUCUAAUUUACAUACAAAAUUGUAUAGAAUAAAACUGAUAAUUGAUCAAUUACCCAAACCUCAUUACCAUCUGUUGUGCCACUUUUUGUGUGUUCUUUACCAUAUUUCAAGACGUUCAAAUCAUAAUCUCAUGUCAGCAGCUAACUUGGGAGUAUGUGUGGGACCAUCUCUACUUUGGUCAGACUCUCCUGCUAUGUGUCCAACUGAAGAUUUAAGGACUGUACCUGCAUUAGUAGAGCUGUUGAUAACACAUUGUGAAGUCUUGUGUGGCCCUCAUGUACCAAAUUUACUUGGAGAUCCAAGAGAUUCCGGAACUGAAGAAUCAGAUUCUAUGAGAAGAGAUGAUUCUUCAAUUGACAGUCUAGAAGUUAGUCCACCACCUAGAAAAGAUCAAAUAUCUUUAAGCCGAGACUCUGGACUUACAUUGUCUGAUUCUCAACUAUAUACACCUGAUGAAGAAGAAAGUGGAUCAACAAGUUCUAGUGGAUAUGAUCCGGCUUUUGACCCACAUUCUAAGGUUACUCCAACCAUAUCUAUGCCAGAAGAGUAUAUUCGUGUUUAUCCAGGAUGGGAAGAACGUAUAAAUGCUAAUUUUCAGAGACAAGCUUGGUUUAGACUAGGAACUGUUGGUAGAUCUAAACGACUCAGUUCUAAUACUCCAUCUAAAGAAGCUGUACGUAGAACUGCAUCUGAAGAAUCUGUAUUAGAUAAUAUUCCUCCUCCAGCACCACCAAGAAGAAAUAAGCCUGCUGCACAAAAUCGUGUAUCACUUCCACCACAAGAUUACCAUAAAGUUGACUACUACAACAUUGGCCAAAAUUCUGAAGUUGUAGUUGAAUCAUUGCACCCAAAUAGUUAUAAUACAGAACUGACAAUAAAACCAGUAUUUAAAGAAGAAUUAAAACCUCAAAUUGCUCCUAUUAGAAGGGUGUCUGAAGUUAUAUCUGAAAGAAGAUUUCAAAACGAAGACUGCAGUAAUACUGGGGAUAAGGAAGAAGAUUCAAGUACAUUAUCAGAUGAAGAUUGUACUCCACAUGUUUCCAGAAGUAACUCAAGGGGCAAUGAAAUUGCUAAUGAUUCUCUGAAGUUAAGACAUUUGCCACCUGUCCAUGUUGACAAUACUGUAAAGCUUCGUGGGCGUUUAAAGCGUAAGGAAGAAAAGGCUGUGGCUGCUGCAAGGUCAAGAUCAUUACCACCACCACCACCUUAUAGACCACCUCCACCUGCCAAUCGCCGUGCCCCUAUUACUUCUUAUUAUCUUAGUGAAUGUAGUCAAACACAACGCUUUGUUGUCCCUAGAACAUAUGCAGAUGAAGAAUCAUAUGUAUAAAAAAAUUGAACUGGUGUAUUAAAUAGUUGUAUUAUUUUCUUUUUAUAUAUUUACUACGCUUGACAAUAAAGUAUAAAACUACUUAAGUUACCUGUCGACAUAACGGGCUGGACUAUUUCACCUAGAAUGUUCCUGAUCAAUUAAGUCUAUGCCGAUGUUUGAUUGUCAAGUAUUGACAACAAAUUAUAAUUUUAUGUUAAGAUUUUUAUGUAUUAUAUAUUAUA